UGUGUUCAUUUUGUUGUUGAUUACCGUAUACAUUAUACUGUAUAAAACAUUGCAAUGUGGGUAUAAAUGAUUGUUUAGCAAGUUUGUCCAGUGUUUUUUUUCUGUCUGAGUAGCACGCGCACGCACACGCACUGUCAGUCACACACAGCCGCGCAGUUCACUUGCUUGGCACCUGCUCGCAGUCUCUCGCUCUUCCCGUUCACUCAUCCAAAAUGGCGGCAACGCCAUCCAUCCAGCCGCCAACCGUCCACACCACUUUAGUCCGGGAGAGUGCACUUUUCUCGGGGAUGGACAGUCCCGGGAACCAGCAGCCAGAGGAUAAAGAGGUGGCGGCGGCGUCGGCGCAGCCCGCGGAGCCGUGGACGAGCCUCCGUGAUUUGCCCGAGCUGGAGCCGGAGGAGAUAGAGAAGAGGCUCGCUAAAACUCGACAAGGGCUGAGCAACAGGCGGAAAAUACUCAUCAAGAACCUCCCGCCCGACACGACUAACCAGGAGGUCCACGAAAUCCUGAAAGACUAUGAACUUAAGUACUGCUUUGUUGAUCGCAAUAAAGGCACAGCCUUUGUGACUUUGCUGAACGGGGACCAGGCUCAGGAUGCCAUCCGCUCCCUCCAUCACAGCACUGUCCGAGGCCGCCUGAUCAAUGUCACCCUGCAGCCUACAGACUCCCUGCUCUGCCUCACCAACCUGCCCCACACCUUCACUGCCCAGCAGUUUGAGGAGCUGGUACGUUCCUAUGGGAACAUCGAGCGGUCCUUUCUGGUGUAUAGCGACCUGACGGGCCACUCCAAAGGCUAUGGAUUUGUAGAGUACAUGAAGAAAGACUCUGCUUCGCGGGCCCGUUCUGAGUUGCUGGGACGACCACUGGGGGAUCGCUCAUUGAUGGUGCAAUGGAUGGACGUCAACCAGCUGAGUCAUGAAGAGAACCUGCACUCCAAAUGUGUGUGUGUUGACCGACUGCCUCUGGACCUCUGUGAUUCUGAAGAGAUGACCCAGAUCUUCUCAGAAACCUACAAACCAGUCUUCUGCCAGCUUGCUCAGGAUGAAGGAAGUCCCGUACGUGGCUUCGGUGUUGUGGAGUAUGAGUGUGCGGAGCAGGCCGAGUCGGUGCUGAUUGAAAUGGACAGAAAACUGGUGGGAAGACAGGAGGUCCGUCUGUCACUCUGUACCCCCGGCACCUCAGGGAGAAGCACCCUGGCUGCACUUAUCGCUGCCCAGGGUAUGAUUCUAAGCAACAGGAAAGGGCUGCUGCCAGAGCCGAACCUUGCUCAGGUGUUAACCAGUAUGACGAACCCUGCAGCCUUACAGAUCCUCAUGAGACCUUAUCACAUUGGGAAAAGAGGAGGGAAGUAUGGCCGCCGCGUGAACUUGCCGUUCCUCAGGCCGCCGCUCACCGCAGCGCUUCUGACACUUGGAAAAGCUCAUCAGAAUGCCAUGCUUGGUAAUGGACUCAUUCUUCAGAACCUCCUGCACAUACAGCUUGCUCAACAGCAGUUAUUACACAUUAAAGACAAGUGCAUCAGCAGUGCCCCCAGUCUGCUAGGAGAUCCAUCGAGGUUGCUAAUGCAGAAAACUUUACCUCUGCGGGCUCCAGGCCUCGUAGCAGUUGGAAAAGGCCUCCUGGGAGACUCUCCCUCUGAAUUUUGCCACGAGCCUCUGUCAGCGUCACCCUGCAAUGGCACAGUGGUGGUGUCAGCAACCGGGGGGAUGCCCUACUUCCAGUCCCGACCUGAUGGAGGAGAACAAAGCAGCAUCCAGUCCAUCUGCACUCCCACUGCCACCUCCUCAUCUUCCUCCUCCUCCAGCUGUGGUGAUAGGCAGGCUGUCCCGCCAGAGGGUGUGAUGCAGGGACAGAACUACUCCUUGGGAAGUAAUAACUCAGUCCUAUGUGCAGCUCCACCAAAACCCCAAGGAGGAGUUUUUACAUCCACUGGGCAUCACAGCAGUUCAGAUGGCUCCCCGCCGACUAACAUGGUAAACAUCGGUCAAAAUUCUCUGCUGGGAGAGCCCCCCAAAGAUGUAAGACUGCCCUCAAAUCCGUACCUGAAUCUAGCCAGUGUCAUGCCAGGGGUUGUUCUCCAAGGGUCACUAGGCGCUAAAGCCCAAGCAGGGCAGCCUGCGUCGGCUAUAUAUGGCAGCUCAGCGACCCCGGUUGUCUCACAAGGUGGCGCCUCCUACUCCCAAAAUCCAGCUGCUCCCACCACUUCCUCAUACAAUACUGACACUUCCUCUGACUACAGCCACUAUAACCAGGCCUACACACAGUGGUACCAGCACUACCAAACGGGACAAGGCUACAACUCUGCAACUCCACAGGUCAACACAGCCACCGACUACACCAAGGAUCACACACAGGUUCCGCCGGUUUCCUCGUAUAGUGAUUACAAUUCCUACAUGCAGACGGUCUCUCAGUAUUACUCCCAGUCUACAGCUACUCAGGCCUAUGCCAGCAAGGAAAUGGAUAUGUGUAAGCCUCUCGGCGUGGCUCUGCAUCCCGUCAACAAUGGCGUGGCUCCUCCCUCCGCUGUCCUCCCAACUACUGCCAUGCUGCCGGCCUACAGCACACUGCCUCUGAUGCCCGGUUUCCUUGGAGCGCCGCACCCAAUAGCAGCCACGCCAAAUGCCGUCACACAUGCGCAAGCUGCCGCCACAGACUGGAAUGCCUACUACUAUAACCAGACGCGAGGCCACAAGAGGGAGUACCCCCAGUUGGCUGUGCAAGAAGUGACACCAUCAGAUGGCGGCUACAUCGGGCAGCAUUCCCAAGGCCUCGGGGGGCAGUAUGCUGACUAUUUCAAGAGGAAGAGGCUCUAGAUUGACAAGAUCACUCAGGGUGGCGGGGGGCUCACAGCUCCGUCUCGUGGCGGAAUCUUUGACGCUGGAUGCACGUUUAGGCGUCUAUCCCAAACGCUAACGCUGUAGUCACAUUGAUGUAAAUCCACUUCCAGGCCACUUGUGUAAAACAAUCCAAUCUAAUGAAAAGCGUGCCUUCUUGUUCUUGCGUGACGCCAUGCAUCUGCGCACACGUCUAUUCGGCGCCUUUGACAACCUGGAAAGGUGGCGUGUCGGGAUCUUUGUCAACCGAGAACCCCAUUGGGACAAUAUUCUCUCAAAUCCGUAGUCCCACUGGAAGGUUUUUAAUUGCCUACAAGUGCCACUGGAUGGUGGCAAAGCACUGCUUUUGUCUCAAUAAAACGCCUAAGUGGCAUUUAAGUAAUACCUUUAUGGCUUUGGUCUGAGCAUUGCAAAAAAAAGGAGUUUUUUUUCAGCAAUGAACAGAAUCUAGUUGCCCCAAACGAAUCCACCGGGAGUUGAAUUUGUGAAUGUCGAACGGCAAAUGGGCAAAUGCUCCCACGUGAGCGGUUGCUUUAGUCCGAUUCAAGCCUUAACCCUCCUUAAUUUGUCAUCAUUCUGCCCCGGUGUGGCAACUCGACCGAUAUUACUUUGGACGUUUGUGUACGGAUGUGGGCUGUAGGCCAACAUGCUAACCAACUGGUCUAACAAACUAACAACGUUAAAUUGAAACAGUCCGACAAGGGUGUGUCUGUUAGUGCUUUAACGUCUCUUCUUUUUCCUUCGACUGCUGUAUUACUCUUUUCUACAUGGAACGUUUUUCCAUGUGCCUCCAAGUGUGCGUUUAUCAAGUGUGCAUAAGCUGUAUCUGUAGGAAGCGUCAGCCAUUUUAUACUCCCAACACAUGGGAGGUGGGGGCGGGGGGGACGUCAGGAAACAAGGCGUGGAUGAAGAGUCCUAUUGACAUAUAAGAGCUUCUCACCAUCAAUAGAGUGGACUGAAGUGAA